AUGGUUACCUAUGAUGUCGAUGUCAAUAUUUACGGCGCACAAUCAUGUGUCCACCUAAACCUCCUAGCCUGCACGAACGAUGCUGUUCACAUGCGUGGUAGCAUCCAUGCCACAUUCCCUACAGCAAACAGAGUCAAGCGAUCCACUGACGCUAUUGCACCGAUGCUUAAGGAUGGAAAGGAUCAGGUGCAAGGAUCUUCAUGA